AUGCGAUGGGUGCUGGUGAUAGGACUACAACUCGUAAUCAUUGGGCUCUUGGCUAGAGACCAAGGCAUGCUCGACUCGACAAGAUGGAAGGCUCGGUCAACAAGCGCAAACGAUGUUGGCGGCGACAUCACCGGGUGGUCACCACAUAUUCCUACGCAGAUCACCAAGUUCGAGAUCAACCAGACAUUCGCGCCAUACAACACAUCAGAGUUCUUCAAACCAGAAGUGCUUCGAGCAUGGAACGAGCUAUUGCCUGUCGGCAUGGGCUUCCAAAGCAUCCCCGAUCCAGAAAACUACCACGACCUUCCCACCCCCAUCGUCUGGCCCAACGCCACGGUCUUCACAACAUCAAUGACCCACCAACUUCACUGCCUCUACGCCGUCGUUGCCGUCUACUCCGGCAUGACAUCCGGCCACGAGCUCGAGGAAGACCACCACUGGCACAUGAUCCAUUGCUUCGACUACAUGCGCCAAGCUAUCAUGUGUAGCGCAGACAUGGCUCUCGAGGGAUUGGAGACGACGUUCCCUGAUCACAAUGGAGGCAGUGAUGGCUGGGAUAGCAAGCAUGUUUGCAAGGACCCCAAGAUGGUCAGGCAACGGUUGGAGAGUGUGAGGGCGUAUGACGACCAAGAGAUCUUCUGA